UGGACAGUCACUCCCAUAAAUGCUCCAUUUUUAAUAUGCUCAAACUUCAGAAAGAUUUGAGCUUUUGUAUAGAUUGGAUCUGAAUGGGGGAGACACUUUUCUUUUCUGACUGAAUCUUGAAUUGGGCUCUGAAAAUUUAGCUCCUUUUAAUUUCUAAGUGUCAAGGGAAUGUCUCUUAUCAGUUAAUGGAUGAAGGAAUAUGUUGUAAUGUAGGUCGAUGAACAAGGACGAAACUAGGGGUACCUCGAUUGCUUUGAGGUAGACCCCAGGAAAACUUAGUGAUCCGGUAUUUGACAAUGGCCUCGGGAGAACUGAUUGAUCAGGAACGCGAGUCUAUGAGCGUGUCCAAACGUCUAGUAAGAAGUAUGAGCCAGAAAUGGAAAAGAAUGGGAAACAAAAGCGAGGGUUGUGUGGAGGGUGAUACAGCUGGGGUGUCUUUGAGUUGCCUGACUCUCUACGGUAGAGUUGGAGGGUGCAAAGUAGGCGCUGACACUGGCGAAGAAUUUGGGGAGACAGGGUGUAGGAGGCGGUCGAGUGGGAGUGAUGAAGGAAAGGGAUACAUUGCAAUGUGUGGAAACGAGGAAGCAACUGUCGACUGCUUUUCGUAUGGUAGGAGAGAGAAGCUGUGGAGGAAGAACAACCGGAGGCUCUUGAAAUCUCAAGAGAGGGAUAGCUUGAACGCCCACCUCCCGGACGAUGUUCUGGAGAUGUGCUUGGUGAGGCUCCCGUUGAGAAGUCUCAUGAACGCUCGUCUUGUCUGCAAGAAGUGGAGGAGCUUGACAACGACUCGUAGGUUCAUGCAGACGAGGAGGGAGUGCUCGUUCGAGAGUCCGUGGUUGUUUCUGUUUGGCAUUGUUAAAGACGGCUUCUGUAUGGGAGAGGUGCACGCGUUGGAUGUUUCCCUAAAGGAAUGGCACAAGAUCGAUUCUCCUGCUCUCAAGGGGAGGUUUCUGUUCUCUGUCUCGAGUAUCCUCGACAAUAUUUACAUAGUUGGGGGUCGUUCAAGCCUGGCCAAUUCCGGUAGGGUGGAUCGCAGCUUGUUCAAGACACAUAGGAGCGUCAUAGUUUUCAACCCCUUAAGUAAAUCAUCGCGUAAAGUUGCGUCCAUGAACCACCCUCGCUCAUCUCCGGUUCUCGGGAUCUCGGAGGUUAAUCUGAAUUGUUUGAUCAUCAGAAACCAGGUAGCUCAGCCGGAGAGACGUUUCCACAGGUCAAGAGUUGGUGGUGUGUCGGAUGUUUACGAGGAUCCUCACCGGCUUUCAGUUAGACGCCAGGCGAGGAGCUCUCAAGACGAAAACGUGCAGCAAAAGCAGGAGAAUGUUCGGCGCAGUAAAGAAGGUCGAAUGUUUGUUCUCAUCGCGGUGGGGGGUCUCGGAUCGUGGGACGAGCCGCUCGAUUCGGGCGAGAUCUACGACCCUGCUUCAAAUAAAUGGACCGAUAUCUCAAGAAUCCCUCUAGACUUCGGAUUGGCUUGUUCCGGCGUCGUUUGCAACGGGAUCUUCUAUGUCUACUCGGAAAGCGACCGGCUCGCCGGGUAUGACAUCGAGCGGGGACACUGGAUCAGGAUUCAGACGACCCUGACUCCGUCCCGCGUGCACGAGUACAAUCCGAAGCUUGUCUCGUGCAAGGGCCGCCUCCUUAUGCUCUCUGUAUCGUGGUGCGAAGGCGACGGUCAGAUCGGGAGGAGGAACAAGGCGAUUCGGAAGCUUUGGGAGCUCGAUCUCAGGCACCAUUCUUGGAAGGCGGUCUCCGUGCACCCGGACGCUCCGAUGGACUGGAACGCUGCGUUCGUGGCCGAUGAAGAUCUCGUCUUCGGAGUCGAGAUGUUCAAGAUUUUCGGGCAGGUGCUCGAGUUUGUGACAAUGUUCGAUGGCAACGGCUGGAACCACGUCUCGAGGAACCACGCGGCCCGUGACAUUGACGCUUCGUCGUGCAUGACCAAAUCGAUGGCUGUGCUGCGCUUGUAACUCAGGUAAAUUUAAAGAAAUGAAUCAUGGCUUAAUCUUUUUCCCUCAUCAUUUCUUGAUUGAUUCUCUCUGAUGAGAUUGUUAGUAUUUGUCACAGAUUGUUUCUCUUUUUUUUUUUUAUUAUUUUUUGUGUUUGUAUUAUUGUACAAGUUGGUCCUAAUGUAAUAUGUCCACACAUUGAAUGUUUUCUAUACAUCAAGAUAAUAAAUCCAAAAAAAUAGUGCAUAA